AUGUCAUCAACAUCAACAUCAUCAUCAUCAUCGCCAUCCCAACGCCGGCCAACGGUGCCUAUCACGUUCACUCCUCCCGGCUCCUGCUUAUCAGACGUGUACCAAGUUUUGACAACGGGAGUGGCAACAGUAUCCGGGACUGAGUCGACUGAUACGAGAACGUUUUAUGAACUUGGAGCCCACUCUUCAGAAUGUUUUCCUCCCAGUGGAUAUCUGCCGUGGAUAACGAAUCAAGUCUCCUCGAGUGCCUAUUACUCCCCUGGUGUGUGCCCUCCUGGGUAUCUCACCUGUAGGAGUGACACAAUUGCCGUUGGAACGUUGACAGAAACAAGGGCGACAUGUUGUCCAAACGGCUACGCCUGCCAGAACCAGUCCAGUCUCUUGUGGUAUCAGGACCAUAUGUGCACCUUGAGAUCAGGCGAUGGAUCUCCCAUGACCUACACUGCAACCGUAAGUGGAGCAAUUACGACUAUGACCCAGACCGGCCCCUGGGGCCUUAAUGCAUAUGCGGCCGCAAAGGCGGGAAUUGGAAUCGGCGUAACUGUUACGGUUCUCCUCCUCAUCAUCAUCGGGUGGCUACUGCGUAACGCUCUUCAGAAGAGAAAGCAAAAGUCACAGAAGUCCGAAAUUUCAGAUUAUGAAGCCGUCCCAAUAAAAGCCAUCCCAUCGCCUCCAGAGCUGUUGGAACUCGAUUCGGGACACCUGUACGAAAUGGGUGCUUCCCAAUAG